AUGACUGCCCAGAUCUCGCGACUGGACCGUCAGGUGGUCCUGCUAGAGACAGGAUCGACCCAAGUGGUGCGAAACAUGGCCGCAGACCAGCUCGGCGACCUCGCCAAACAACAUCCAGAAGACACGCUGUCGCUGCUCUCACGGGUGUAUCCGUUUCUAAUGGCUCGCAAGUGGGAGACACGAACCACCACGGCUCGUGCAAUGGGCGGAAUCGUGUCUCACUCGCCCGCGUGGGACCCCAACGAGGACGACCAGGACGACCAGGACGACCAGGACGACCAGGACGACCAGGACGACCAGGACGACCAGGACGACCAGGACGACCAGGACGACCAGAACGCUGCUGAAGCGCCAGAAGAGGCACCAGAGGCGCAGGAAGCGACAGGCGAGUCUGCCAAGGUCAAACUGGAACACGAAAUCCGACUCAAGCUCGAAGAAGUCGACAACACUCAGGAGUGGAAAACGCUGGAAGACGACAGCAAACUGCUGUCGCUUGCAGACUGGAAUCUACACGAAGUGCUGAAGUCUGGGAAGGCUCUGCUGGCGACCAGCAUCGACGAAUUUCCCGGUGCCGUGGCGCCAGCAUCUCUACUGGGCUCCAAGCAGCCCAAACUCGAGCACGGCUCUGUCAGCGACGAUUACCUGCCGACGACAACGUCACAGGACCAUCUAACAGGGGUGGCCAAAAAGGACCUAGAUGCCACGUCUGAGUCGUCGAAAAAAAGUGCGCGUAUGAUGGCCAUGGCCAAACGCAAGCGCAAGAUUCAGGCCAAAAGUACCACGAAGAAACCCGUAGAUAUCUCACAAAGCUCCAUCUCGCGCAACCUUAUGGCCCAAGAUGACUCCAGCCAAAGCCCCACGCCGUCGCCCACAAUGCUAAAUAACCCAAAGCUAGAAAUAACAGAGCAGUCCGACUCCAAGCGGAUCAUGGUCGAAUCGAUGGUCAACCCGAUAAUGGAGAAACAUGACAGCGUUGCUGGUCUCGUUUGGCAGUUCCAGGGUAUUUACGAACUUUUGCUCGAAAACCUGAUCAGCGAUGCCUGGGAAACGCGGCACGCUGCCGCUCUGGGUCUACGAGAAAUUAUCAAGAAGCACGCAAAGAGCGUUGCUAGAAUAAAAGGCAAGUCCAAGCGUGAGAAUGAUCGACGCAACCGCAGGGCUUUGGAAGAUUUAGCCACCCGUCUUUUGACCGUAUUUGCCCUCGAUAGAUUUGGGGACUUUGUUUACGAUACCGUAGUGGCACCUGUGCGAGAAUCAGUUGCGCAAACCAUGGCUGCGUUGUUAUUGCACCUUGAUGACAGUUUGUGCAUUCAAAUUUUCGGCGCUCUGGAACAGCUGGUGUUACAGGAUCCUAAAUUAGUAGGCUUACCGAACAAAAUAUGGGAAGCCACACACGGUGGACUUCUGGGUAUUCGCUACUUCGUUGGAAUAAAGACUGAUUUUCUGUUUCAGAAUAAUCUGCUCGACAACGUGGUAAAUAUUGUUCUUUACGGGCUGAAAGAACAUAACGACGAUGUUCAAAGUGUUGCUGCUGCCAUCCUGGCCCCGAUUGCAGUUGAAUUUGUCAAAUUGGAAAACAACACCAUCGAUCUCGUCUUGAGCACCAUAUGGAGUCUUUUGACGCAUCUUGAAGACGACUUAUCUUCGAGUGUUGGCUCCGUUAUGGACUUGUUAGCCAAGCUUUGUGAACAACGAGAAGUUCUAGACGUUUUGAAAUCCAAGGCUUUGGCACAUCCUCAAGAAUGGUCUUUUAAGAGCCUGGUGCCUAAGCUUUAUCCGUUCCUGCGGCAUUCCAUUACCAAUGUGAGGAAAGCUGUUCUCAACUUACUCAAAGCAUUUUUAUCCAUAAAUGACGACUUCGUCAAGCACUGGAUCAAUGGUAAAGUUUUCCGCCUCAUCUUCCAGAACAUUUUACUGGAGCAGAAUCCACAGGUUUUGGAACUGUCAUUCAAUGUCUAUACUUCGAUGCUAGCGGAGUACAAGACUAAAAACCCGGACAAGAAUCUAGACCAUCUAUUCGGGAAGCAUCUGGCCCCAAUUUUGCAUUUACUCAUCACUCCUAUAGGAGAACAUGGAAAGAGUUACAACAUGGAACUACAGUAUAUUUUGAAGCCCUCUCCACAUUACCAACUGAUAUCAGAAAGAAAAAGAAACACGCAUGCAGACAUCAAGUCGGAUAUUCCUCCUCCUGUCAAUAGUGAGCGCGUUAACAUUGACGCCCCAAUGAUCGCGGGUGAUGUUACGCUUCUGGGUACCGAAGUGAUAUUCAACACAAGGGUCACAGGUGCUAAAGCUCUCGGUAUCACACUUUCGAUGUUCCAGGAAUCGACUUUAAAGUCUUUCUUUUCCAAUGUGCUGCUGGAUUGUUUGAAGCUUCCCUAUGCAACGCCUCGUAUGCUCGUCGCGAUCAUUAUAUCAGAACUUUGCUCAAAUCUCAUCAGCCAGUCUGAUCGUUCCGAUAGCAAAGAGUUGCUGAAGUUCAUUUCAGACAAUUUCGGACCCAUCUUCAUAGAAAAUUUGACUGACACCUCAACGCUUCCUGUUUUCAGAGAGCUCGUGCCCAGUCUGAAGGCCUUAAGAACCCAGUGCCAGAGUUUGCUGUCGACGUUUGCCGACGUUGGUAUGUUAUCACCUCAAAGGCUCCCUCAGCUGGCCAUCAUUGUUCAAGGCGAGUCUGAAGCAGGGCCCGAGGCUUUCGGCAUUGAGACUGCUGAAAAAACGUAUGGCGAAACGAGCGAUAGACUGUUCCGCCACUUGAGCAAUUCUCAUAAAAUUUUGGCUAAGAAGCCGGUGGACGACGCUAAAUACCGUGUCUUGCAGGCAAUAGAGACUGCCAAGGAGGCGAGGCGAUCAAGAAUUUGUAAUGUUCUAGCCAAUUAUGCGUCAGCAACUCUAUUGUUCGGUGGGCUUCCUGCGAAACUGAAUCCUUUCAUUCGGUCACUGAUGGACAGCAUCAAAGAAGAAAACUACGAAAUUUUGCAGAAGAGAUCUGGAGAUGCUAUUUUGAAUUUGGUCGUUGAACUUGUCAAACAGAACAAAGGCAAUGUGGCUAACAAGAUAGUCAAAAACCUCUGUGGUUUCUUAUGUGUUGACACCUCGGAAGUGCCAGAAUUCGCUUUAACAUCCAACUAUAAAGAUCAUAUCCUGACUUUAGUUCGUGAACAAAGUGCGAUAGCUUUUCAAGAUGAUGCUAACGCUCAGAAAUUAGCACGUGAGGCGCACAUUAAGCGGCAGGGCGCCAUGUACACGCUCAGUGAAUUCUUAGUCCGCCUUGGCUCCGACGUCUUGGAACUUGUUCCACAGGUGAAGCAAAUUAUCUUUGACCCACUGGAACGCGUUGCUGAUGAGUAUGGAGGUCAUCCUUCUGAUGCCAAGACGGGACAAGAGGUCGUCGACGCGUUGGGUGUCCUGAGAGCUCUAGUCGUUUACAUGAGCGAGGAUGUUCAGAACAAAGAGGUCCUGCCUCGCUUGACCUACCUCGUUAAAUAUUUGAGGUCGGACCUUUCCGUUUUUAGGUAUUCCGCUGCUAGGGCUCUCGCCGAUCUUGCGAAUACCUUACCAAUUCAAGUCAUCCCAUUCAUUAUUCAAAAAGCUCUGCCACUUAUGAACAAUCCCUCUUCUGUGACGGAUAGACAGGGGGCUGCUGAGCUAGUGUACCACCUAGCGAUGUGCAUGGGGAGCAACAUUUUGCCAUACGUUAUCUUUCUCAUCGUCCCUCUCCUAGGUCGCAUGAGUGACUCCAAUCAGGAUAUAAGAACUUUAGCCACCUCGACUUUUGCAUCCAUCAUUAAGCUCGUACCUCUAGAAGCUGGUAUUCCGGACCCUGAGGGGCUGCCACAGGAACUGAUGGAAGGCCGUGAGAAGGAACGAGACUUUAUUCAGCAAAUGAUGGAUCCUUCAAAGGCGAAGGCUUUCCAGUGUCCUGUUGCUAUCAAAGCUACGUUAAGAAAAUACCAGCAAGACGGUAUCAACUGGCUGGCUUUCUUGAAUCAAUAUCAUUUGCAUGGCAUUCUUUGCGACGAUAUGGGCUUAGGAAAGACAUUGCAAACUAUUUGCAUCAUCGCAAGCGACCAAUACUUAAGGAACAAGGAAUACGAAAAGACAAAGGCCAGAGAAAGUAGGCCUCUACCUUCAUUGAUUGUCUGUCCACCCUCGCUUACCGGGCACUGGGAGCAGGAAUUUGAGCAGUAUUCACCAUUUCUGAAAGUACUGGUUUUCGCAGGUGGACCCUCAACCAGAUAUCCGCUUAGAGAUAAGCUUGGCGGGGCUGAUAUCGUUGUCACCUCUUAUGACGUUGCAAGAAAUGACAUCGAUAUUAUUACGCAGUAUGACUACAACUAUUGCGUUCUUGAUGAAGGGCACAUUAUAAAAAACGCACAAUCCAAGCUUGCCAAGGCAGUUAAAUUGGUAAGGGCCAAUCAUAGGUUGAUUUUGACAGGUACCCCAAUUCAGAAUAAUGUUGUAGAGUUAUGGUCACUGUUCGACUUUUUAAUGCCCGGAUUCCUGGGGACAGAAAAGAUGUUCCACGAAAGGUUUGCCAAGCCCGUCGCCGCUUCUAGAAAUAGCAAGACGUCAUCGAAGGAGCAAGAAGCGGGUGCUUUAGCUUUGGAUGCUUUACACAAACAAGUUUUGCCAUUCAUGCUUCGAAGACUGAAGGAGGAUGUUUUAUCCGACCUUCCUCCAAAAAUUAUUCAGGACUAUUACUGUGAAUUGAGUGAUCUACAGAAGCAACUUUACAAAGACUUUGCUAAGAAACAGAAAACUACAGUUGAACAGGAUAUUGAAAAUGUCGCGGAAAUCGACAAUAAGCAGCAUAUUUUCCAGGCUUUGCAGUAUAUGAGGAAGCUGUGUAACCACCCUUCAUUGGUCAUAUCAAAGGAUCAUCCACAAUGGCUCCAGGUGCAAAGUUAUUUGAAAGAGACUGGUCUCAGCCUUCAUGAUGUUGCACACGCUCCCAAAUUAGGAGCGCUUCGCAACUUGCUGUUAGAAUGUGGCAUUGGAACUCAAGACAUGGAAAAAAACUCCAAGCUUUCGUUUCCUUCCACUGACAAUGUCAUCAGUCAGCAUCGUGCUUUGAUUUUCUGUCAGUUAAAAGAUAUGCUGGAUAUGGUUGAAAACGAUUUGUUCAAAAAACACAUGCCCUCGGUGACCUACAUGAGGUUGGACGGUAGCAUUGAAUCCCGGGAUAGACAGGCCGUAGUGCGUAAAUUCAAUGAAGACCCUUCAAUCGAUUGUCUGCUGCUCACUACCAAGGUAGGUGGUCUAGGUUUAAAUCUUACUGGUGCAGACACAGUUAUUUUCAUCGAACAUGACUGGAACCCAAUGAAUGACUUGCAAGCCAUGGACAGAGCUCACCGUCUCGGUCAAAAGAAGGUUGUGAACGUCUACAGAAUCAUUACCAGGGGUACGCUGGAAGAAAAGAUCAUGGGUCUUCAAAAGUUCAAAAUGAACAUAGCAUCCACUGUCAUCAACCAGCAGAAUUCGGGUCUGGCGUCGAUGGACACACAUCAGCUGCUAGAUCUCUUUGAUACAGAUAACGUUCCUUCCCAAGAAAAGGAGGGCAAGAAUAAAGACGGCAAGAUUGACGAGAUCGUUAACGAAACUGGGCUGUCUGGCAAGGCUAAAGAAGCCGUUGGAGAACUCACAGAGUUAUGGGAUACGAAACAGUAUGAUGAAGAGUACAACUUGGAUAAUUUCAUUAAAACGUUGCGCUGA